CUCCAAUACAUCUUCUUCAUGAAUAAACUAAAACAAGAUUUCUCUUUCUUCCUAAUACUAUUCUGAAACUCAAGAGAUUGAGCAAGCCUAUGAUCAAAUUAUACAUCAACGUCUAGAUAAAUCAGGGACCCAGCAAAUUACUCUCUCUUCCAGGUACGUAACACGUGAUUUGCUUCCUGCUCCAUCAUUGAAUAGUGGACUUGGACCAACAAAUAGCCACACAUUUGCACCGCCUCAUGGGAGUACGCCGAUUGGAGGUGGCCCACCUGGACAGCCGCUGCAUGAAAGAGACACGAAGGUGAGUCACGAUGUAGCUCUCUUGGAUGAGGCCACCCAUCAUCUCGCGUGCCAACAACAUGGCCUCCAGCCACCCAAUUUGGACUUUUGUUCUCAAUCAAUUGAGGGUCACCAGGAAACGGUGGACACAAUACCCACUCAUAUGGAUUUGAAAAUCAGCCAGCAGAUACAUACCAUGCCAAUUGGCCCACAAGUCACAGCCUAAUCAGCCGCCUGAAUGCACAAUAUCUCAAAAUGAGCCAAAACGCAGCGCAAGAGUUCGGCGGCCAUCAACACGCCUAUCAGAUUAUGAUACUGACUUACCAUCCUCCCUUAUUCAUCGGUUCACCGCCAACCAUGCUGACUCUAUGGUAUAUCCUAUUUCACAUUUCAUUAAUUAUGAUAAGUUUUCUCCCACUCAUAAAGCUUACUUGGCAGCCAUCACAGCCCGUGAUGAGCCUAAGCAUUUUUCCCAUGCAGUACAGGAUCCAUUAUGGCGAGAAGCCAUGCAAAAGGAAAUUGAUGCCCUCGAAGAAAAUGACACUUGGACCCUUGUCCAUUUACCACCCGGAAAAAGGGUUGUUGACUCUAAAUGGGUUUAUAAGAUCAAAUAUAAACCUAAUGGAGACGUAGAGCGUUACAAAGCAAGACUUUUUGCUAAAGGUUAUACUCAAGUCGAGGGAGUUGACUUUCACGAAACAUUUGCUCCUGUUGCCAAAUUUGUCACAGUAAGGUGUUUGUUAGCCGUUGCCGCAAAACGCAAUUGGGUUGUCCAUCAAUUGGAUGUAAACAACGCUUUUCUUCACGGUGAUCUUUCCGAAGAUGUUUAUAUGCGUUUACCACAAGGUUUUGCCAAAAGGGAGACACUCGUGUUUGCAAACUACAAAAAUCCCUGUAUGGCCUCAAGCAAGCCUCUCGUAAUUGGUAUCAUAAAUUCACUCAUGCGCUAAUCGACAUUGGCUUCCGUCAAUCAUGAGCAGACCACUCCCUUUUUAUUUUUCAAAAGGGAUCGAUUAAUACCUUUGCUUUAAUCAUGACCUCUCUCACAUCAAUAUGGUCAAGGGUUAUUUAGAUGCCAAAUUUAGCAUCAAAGACUGGGGAAAAUUAAAGUAUUUUCUUGGCAUUGAAGUCGCUCGUUCACCAGAAGGAUUUGUUUUAAGUCAACGCAAGUAUACUCUUGACAUCUUGGCAGAAACAGGGACUCUUGUUGGCCGUCCUAGCUCAUUUCCAAUGGAGCAAAAUUUAAAGCUUUGUCCUGACGAUGGUAGCCCACUCGUGGAGGCUUCUUCAUAUCACCGGUUAAUUGGGCGCCUGUUAUAUCUCACCGUCACACGACCAGACAUAGUUUAUUCCGUCAGCCAGCUCAGUCAAUUUCUCAGUGCCCCACGACAGACACGUCUUAAUGCUGCUAUUCGUGUACUUAUGUACUUGAAGCAUACACCUGGUCAAGGAAUCUAUCUAUCCUCAGAUAAUGACAUCACAUUGACAGGUUUUUGCGAUGCUGAUCGGGCCGGCUGCCCUUUCAAUCGACGCUCAAGCACUGGUUAUUCUAUUACUCUUGGAGUCUCACCCAUAUCGUGGCAGACAAAGAAACAAUCGGUCGUCUCACGUUCCUCUGCUGAAGUAGAAUACCUUGUUAUGGCAGUCACAGUAAGUUGAAAUGGGGAGUAUUAAAGUUGACUUAUUUUUCUACAUACCAUUUUAUCUUUUUAUUUGUACAUGUAUGUAUUUUCCUAUGUAGAUAGUCAUUCGCAUGGAACAUGCAUGCUUAUUUUCUCUCACCUAUUAUACAUAGGUCCCUCUCAUGUAUUAUAUAUAUGCUCCGGACACAUACUAAAUGAAUAAGCAGGAGGAUUUCUCCAUUGCUCUUCCAAUCU